AUGUUAGUUCUGGGGCUUAAGGAUCCGUUUUCCAAAGAAAGGUUGAUGGAGAGAGAACAGAGUUUAGAGAAAACAUUGCAAGCAAUUGGCAUCGCCGAAACAAGCAAGCAGCACAUGAAGAGCAUAAAUGAAGAAGGUAGCAAAGUUGAGAAAGUGGAUGUAGUAGACGGCAAAGGACAGAAGCCUCAAUGGGGAAUGCCCUGUAGGAGUUGUGGUAUUCGACAUGCCCGAGAUUCAUGUCCUGCUGCCGGGCGACGCUGCCACAAGUGCCAGAAAAUGAACCAUUUUUCAAGGAUGUGUCGUACCCCAGACCAGAUGGACAAAAGAAACAGGUAAACAGUAUUGAUGAUUGUGACUCUGACUCUGAAGUUAUGUUCAUUGGAGCAGUCAAUGCAGGAGACAAAGACUGGGUUGAAACUGUCAAUUUUGGAACUGUUCAAGACGUCUUUAAACUAGAUACUGGGGCCUAGUGCAAUUUCUUGCCCAAAGCCGCAUAUGACAAAACUACAACAAACUCUUUGCAACCUUCCUGGGAAAGAUUAGAAAGUGACUCCAAAACUUGUAUUAGACCUGUUGGAAAGUGUCAGUUGCUUUGUUGGGUGCGUGGGGAAAGGUAUCAAGUAUGUUUUCAAGUGGGUGAUGGAAAUUACAUGCCCCUCCUGGGUAGAUCAUCCUGUGAGAAUAUGGGCCUAAUCCAGCGCAUAAAUGCUAUUGAAAGUGUCAGUAUUCUUGAUGAGUUCCCUGAAGUAUUCCAAGGACUUGGGUGCUUCCCAGGGAAAUAUCACAUUAGAGUUGACCCCUCUAUUCCUCCUGUGGUCCACCCACCCAGAGGAGUUCCUCACUCUAAGCAAGAAAGAGUUAGAUCGGAUGGCGAAUGUUGGCAUUGUAGAGAAAGUUCCCUUGAAUGAACCUGCUGAUUGGGUAAGCACUCAAGAAAGGUAUGCCCAAAUUGAAAAGGAACUUUUGGCAGUAGUAUUUGGCUGCGCCAAAUUUUGCAGAGUACAUCAUGGGUCGUGAUGUCACCGUUGAAUCAGAUCAUAAACCUUUGGAGGCAAUUAUGAAGAAGCCAAUACACAUAGCACCCUUACGGCUGCAACGGAUGUUGGUCCAACUCCAGCGCCUUCCAGGAAUCAAUAUGGUAUACAAGCGUGGAGACAGCCUACAUUUAGCGGAUGCUUUGUCUCGAGCCCAUUUGGAAGAACAGCUGACGAAUGCUGAGCAGUUGGACGUAAACUUAGUAGAGGAUGUUACCUCUGACCACCAGUUGGCCCGUUUCGCUGAGGCAACUAAGGAAGAUGCAAUUUUGUCUGACCUGCAACAAGUUAUUUUGUCUGGUUGGCCAGAUUCCAAAGGUCAAGUCCCACCCAAUGCACAGGAGUUUUGGAAUUACCGUGAUGAAUUAACAGUAGCCCAGGGACGGAUCGUUAAGGGACAAAAGAUUGUUGUACCAAGUAGCUUGAGAGGAGAGAUGCUUGAGAAACUGCGUGAGGGACACCUAGGUAUCAACAAGACAAUAGCGAGAGCGUGGGAAGUAUUGUUGUGGCCCAGGAUGAGUGUGGAGAUAGCCGAGAAUAUUACAAACUGUCCUGUAUGUCUAGAAAAUCGACCAAGUCAGCAGCCUGAAUCAUUGAAGCCGCACGAGAUUCCACCAUUGCCUUGGGUUAAGGUUGGCACAGUUGUUCAGCACAAGAAUGGUCAGAACUACCUCGUUACUGUCGAUUAUUACUCCAAGUGGCCAGAAAUGACUUUACUCCCGUCAAUAACAAGCACCGGAGUAAUUACAGCUCUUAAAUCCCAGUUCGCGAGAUAUGGAGUCCCUUCAGUUGUCGUUUCUGACAAUGGCCCCAGUUACAACUCUGCAGAAUUUAGGAAGUUUUCAGAAGACUGGGGUUUUGAACACAUCACUUCACGUCCUGGCUACCGACAAUCCAAUGGCCAGUCAGAGAGAACCGUCCAGAUUGGCUGAGAGCAAACAAACUCACUCUAAAUAUGACUACAACCGAAUUUAUGCUUAUCGGAUCUAGGCAGAGACUAAGUACUCUCUCAGUGUCCCCGACAUUUGCAAUUAAUGAUUUUCAAGUUAGCCAGGUCACUAUUGCAAAAUCACUUGGAGUGACCAUCGAUGACAGACUUGAUUGGAGUGGCCAUAUCGAGAAAGUAACAAAGAAAGUCGCUUCUGGUAUUGGGGCCACAAAACGAAUAAGGCACCUUGUCCCACAGGCGACCUUACAACUAUUAUAUCAAGCUUUAAUACAGCCACACUUUGGUUGGCUCCAAACUAUCUUAGUUCUAAAUUUGAAAGGCGAGAAGUCGCAUAUAACCUAAGGGACUCUGACAAUAAACUCAAUGUUCCAUUACCGCGCACAAACUACUACAAAAACAGCUUCAGCUAUAGUGGCGCCAUUCUCUGGAACAGUCUUCCUUGUAACUUAAGGGAGGCAGAGUCCGUUGGGCAAUUUAAACGAUUACUCAAAGAACUGUAAGGCACGGCAUUCGUGGAAAGCAACUUUUUUAUUUAAAUAUUUUUAUUAUAUUAGUAUUAGGCAUUUUUAAAGCUGACGAAUUUUGUACCGUGGAUAAAUAAAGAUUAUCUAUCUAUCUACCAAGCAAGGGACUUUCUUAUCCAAUUUAAGACCUGUGAGUAAUCUGCAAUACCUCUCUAAAUUGGUUGAAAGGGCAGUUUAUGAUCAGACAACCGAUCACGUUACUCAGUCGGGCUUGUAUCCCAUCCUCCAGUCAGCCUAUCGACUGGGUCAUAGCACAGAGACUGCCCUAUUGAAGAUACAGAAUGACAUACUAGCUGCAAUGGACAAUCAACGAGUUACUCUCUUGGUAUUGCUAGACCUGAGUGCAGCAUUCGACACGAUUGACCACCAAGUGUUGUUGAAUCGCCUGUACGUGAAGUAUGGAAUUACAGGUACCGCUCUUAAAUGGUUUCAUUCGUAUUUAUCAAACAGGAAACAGCGAACCCUGAUUAACGGGAGCUAUUCGAGUGACUUUGAUCUGCCUCAAGGGGUACCUCAAGGAUCUUGUCUAGGUCCCUUGCUCUUCACGUUGUACGCAAGUAAGCUCUUCGAUGUUGUUGAAUCCCAUCUCCCUAACGUUCACGCAUACGCUGAUGAUACGCAGCUCUAUAUCUCAUUUAAGCCGAAUGGUUCUGCUACUGAGACGGAUGCUGUUGACGCUUUACAGGCUUGCAUCAGGGACAUAAGAACCUGGAUGGUACAAGACAAACUUCGGCUGAACGAUGCUAAGACCGAGUUUCUUAUUAUAGGUACACGCGCACAGUUAAAUAAGGUUACGAUAAGUGACUUGCAAGUAGGUGAGGUAAAGGUUUCUGCUGUCUAUUCUGUUAGAAAUCUGGGUGCUUGGUUUGAUGCAAACAUGAAUAUGACCACACAUAUUAACAGCAUAUGUCAGGAUAUUUACUACCAUCUACAUAACAUCCGGCGUAUUAGAAAGUAUUUAUCAUAUGACAAUAGGAAGUCCAUUGUACAGGCUAUUAUAAUGUCACGAUUAGACUAUUGUAACGGUCUAUUAUAUGGUACGCCCGCUGUUCAACUUGGUAAGCUGCAACGCCUGCAGAACGCGGCAGCUCGGCUGGUAUGUACUGUAUCUAGGUAUGAUCCUAUCACACCAUCCCUGCUCAACCUGCACUGGCUUCCGGUUACCCACAGAGUAGAAUUCAAGAUAGCAAUGCUAGUUCACAAAUGUAUCUACGGCGUCGCACCACAAUAUCUUUUAGACUUGAUAAAAAUCAAAGAGAGCUCGCGGUAUCAGUUGAGAUCAUACCGGGGCAUACUCCUAAUGGACAAUACCUAUAGAACAAAAAAGACACUCGGGGAUAGGGCGUUUGAAAAUGCUGCGCCCAAAGUAUGGAACCGACUCCCUCUAGAAAUUAGACAAUGUCAAUCAUUGAACAUUUUUAAAACUUUACUAAAGACACAUCUUUUUAAAUUAGCUUUUUAUUAGUUCUUUUAUUAACUCAUAUUUUACUUUUAUUGUUUUCCGAAAAUUGUAAAUUAUUAUCAUUAUCAUUAUUUGGAUUAGCCAUUUAUUACUUUAAGAUUUUAGUGUUGUAAUGCGCAUUCGAUCAUAUCUUUAUCGCAUGCUAGACUGCGCAAUAUAAGAAAUAAACAUUAUUAUUAUUAUUAUUAUUAUCUACCGUUAAAGCAAUGCUGGAGAAAGCUGGUGACCCAUACAAAGCUCUCCUUUCUUACCGAAAUACACCCCUGGAGGAAGUUAACCUGUCACCCUCACAAAUGCUAAUGGACAGACGUUCGCGAACCUCAAUUCCAGCGACUGAGGAUUUGUUGAAACCUCACCUCUAUGACCCUGAAGAUGUCCUCCCUAAGUUAAAAGAAAGGCAGAGAAAGCAGAAGCUGCAGCAUGACAGAAAAGCAAAGGAACUUCCCCCUUUGAGGGAUGGUGAGGUUGUAAGAGUUAGAGAAGGCGACAAGUGGAAGCCCGCUAGAGUUACACAGGUUCUUCCCUCACCCAGAUCUUAUAAGGUUGAAAGAGAGCGUGGAGACUACCGAAGAAACCGUCAACAUUUAUUAAGAACUGAAGAGUAUCAGAUGCCGGAACUCACCCCUACACUGGAAAUCUCGAAUGAUGAGGACCUGACAGACACCGAAGUUGAGCCAUCCUCUAGCUGUUAG